AUGGGUAUGACAAGUCAACAAAUCAACAUUGAAACAAGUGGCUUUCAGAUUCCUUCAAGCGACCCCGAAAAUUUGGAUAAAAAUUCUCAUGCCGAUCAACAAAAUACAACUGAAACAGGUUCAUUUUCUGACUCUCAAUUUCCCCCUUUUUUCACACAACCAAGGAUUGAGAAUAUCAUUCUGAAUGAAGACCAACAUGAAGAUCAAGUUGAAAAACAACAACCGUGGAGCAUGGAAGAUGAUAAAAUGCUCGUGAGUGCAUGGCUUACAAUUUCAACUAAUAGUGUUGUGGGUACUUCCCAGAAUGAUAGAACAUUUUGGAAAAGAGUGACUGACUAUUUCAAUGAAAAUCGGCAAUCUGGUCCAAGGAGAAAAACAACUAGCUGUAAGCAACAUUGGUUUUGGAUAAUUUCACUUAUUAAUAAAUUUAACCAAAUAUACAACAGAUUAUUAGGUGAGCAUCAUAGUGGAUGGAGUGACGAUCAAUUGAAGGAACAUGCUCGUACUCUAUAUUAUCAGAAUCGUAAAAAGCAUUUCAUCCAUAAGCAUGUUUGGGUCAUGUUGAAAGAUGAUCCAAAAUGGAAACCAAAUACUCCUCUUGCUAGGUCUUCAAAGAAAUUAAAGAUCAAUGAAAGUGGUGCAUAUACAUCAUCAUCCCAUGCGGAUACAAGCAUUGAUGUAGAUGACAGUGAGGUCGAGGUCCGUCUUAUUGGCCAAAAAGCAACAAAGGCAAAGAGAAAAGGGAAGUCAAAUGUGGUUGAAAAAUCAAAUAUAGACGAACAAAUGAAAGCAAGGUGGGCAGAAUUACAAGAAUGGAGGAAUGAAAAAUUAGCAGAAGUGAGAAGUUUGAAAAAGUCUUUUGAAAUGGUUGCUGAUCAUCAAAUUUUGACCAUGGAUACUAGCCACAUGAAUGCUGAACAACUCGAGAAUCGUCUUAUGUGUAAUGUUAUAAAAUCAAAAUAUAAUAUUUAA